AUGUCUAGACAGAUGGGUGAGGACACAGGCUGUUCCUGCCAGAACAUGAUGACCAACGGCAUCGUCAGUGCAGCUCAGGCUGGAAUGCUCCACAAGAAGUGCUGCGAGCUCCAUGGAGGGCAAGAAAAAAUUGAUGAUUUCAUCAAUGUUGUCAACACUCACCUUCAGCCCCUCUUUAUGCAUAUCCGUAAAGGGAUGUCGGAGGAGGAUGGCCAGGAACAUUUUGUUUUGGUAAAUAUGGCAGAAACCGACAUUACACGAAUGGCUGCUGAUUAUGCGGAGAACGAGCUGGAGUUGUUCAGAAAAAUAAUGGAUCUGAUUGUGGAGUCUGAUUCCGGUUCUGCCUCAUCCACAGCAAUUCUAAAUUCUGCCGACAGGCUGAUCUCAAAGAAAUUAAAGAAAAAAGAAGCAGAGCUAGUCUUGAAUAAAUUUGUACAAGACAAAUGGUUAAAAGAGCAAGAUGGUGAGUACACUCUAAGUGUUCGCUGCAUUGUGGAAAUGGAGCCAUAUAUGCGCACAAUAUACCAGGACAUGAUCAAAGUGUGCUACGUGUGCCACAACAUCGCCCUACAGUGCCAGGUAUGUGAAAAUCCAUCAUGUGAAAUCAAGGUCCACCUUCCCUGUGUCGCUCGAUAUUUCAGAGCGCGCAGUGACCCUCAUUGCCCUGCAUGCAAUGAUUUCUGGCCUCAUGAGAUUCCAGAGCAUCAAAGACCUCAGUCACAGAGUUCACAAAACCUGCCUUCCUCGUCUAAAGAGAACACUGCACCCACACACACACGCCGGUCAAGACGAGUGUAGCUGAUUCACUGCUACUGCCUGUCUUUGGGGAUUUUUACA